AUGGCAUUCUUCAACAAAAUAAAGAAUGUGGUGCAGACCGAGGGCGCACGCGGUAUCCUCCAAGUGCUACAGAAGGAGGGUACCAAACGACUCGCCCAAGACCUCUCGGCGCACCUCGACCUGGAGAGUCUCUUCUUUUGCGAGACCAGGAGGUUUGGUCUGCCUGCCUUGAUAUCUACCAUAGCCGUUGACCCUGUCCAGGGGUUGCUUGCCAGCGGCACGUUCAAAGGCGCAAUUGCAGUAUCAGGCGCGCCCGAGGUCGCGUACUUCCUUGAGCUAGAGGAGGCUGUGUCGGUCAAAAUGAUGGCCUUUCAGCCGGGUGCGCCCGUUUUGGUCGUUGUCGAUGCCAAGAACGCCAUAACAGUCUUUGACCUCAUCAAGAAGCAACGACUCUUUGUCAGGAACGCGCGCAGCGUGGUCACCUGUAUUGAACUCCUCUCAGGAUCCAAUUGGCUCUUCCAUGGUCUCAAGGACGGCACCAUUGAUGUUUUCGAUGUCUACAGAGGCCAGCCUGUUCCAUAUAAGAUCCCCAACAUUCUACCCGAAGGUUCGCGACAUUCUUUGGUCAUCUCGAUCAAGACCCAUCCUACCGACAGCAACCAACUCUUGAUCGCUUACAACACAGGAAUUAUCCUCUGGAAUCUAAAGCUCAAGACCGUGGUCCGCGCCUUUAUCUAUGAGGUCCCUCCUGGCGCCAUGGGUGGAAUCGCGGUGGGCGAUGGCCCUGGCAUGUUUGGCAUGAACGAGAGUCGCUAUCCUCAUGUCACCGUCAUCAGUUGGAAGCCCGACGGCAUUGGCUUUGUGAGUGGAUACGACGACGGCAGCUUUGUUUUCUGGGAUAUCACGCAGGAAAGACCUGUCCUGGCAAGAACCAUCCACGAGAUUCAGGUCAAUGUUCCUGGGAUCAAGCCUGUCGUUGAGCGAGCCACCAACCAGUUUGUCCCCAUCUACCAGCUGACGUGGUGUCUGCAUGAAAACAGGGAGGACACGACCCUCAUUGUCGCCGGCGGGACUGGAUCAAUCGACAUGUUUGGACUCCACCUUUUCGACUACCCGGCCAAUGCUGACUACCGCCGUCCGAAACGGCACCAAGUUUUGACAAUGGACACAGAUCUUCUUGACUUCUUAGUCGUCCCACGCAGUUCGCCCUGGUAUGGUGGUGCCUUUGACCCAAUAGCCAUCCUGGUCCUCACCAACCGCGGAGGCGUCAGGGCGUUUGAGUUCAGUCAAUCCAAUGCCCAAAGAACCGUCCCUUCAUGUCUCUCUUUGGUCGAGCCAAGGCUAAUCCUCUCUAAGAUGUAUGGCCCCCUUCCUGCAGAGCUGUACUACGACUUGAUCCAGGGCCAUACUCACACAGCUCCACCCCCAAGAGUUCCCCUCCAUGGAAUGAAAUUGGCGCCUGUAGACGAAUCGAGGCUGUCAAAAGAUAUCCUGGUAACCACUCAUGAUGACCACAGUAUUCGCUUCUGGGAAUCAGCAACGAGUCGGCCCCUGCAUCACUUGACUGUCGAGUUGGCCCCGUUGUUCUUCAAGAACCAAGGCGAGAUUGUUGCUUUUGAGUUUUCAAUCCAGAGUCAAGUCUUGGCGGUCGGUUUCUCAAAUGGGAGCUGGAUUUACACUCGGAUAACCAAGGAUGCAGGACUGUCACGGAACUCUAGCGUUGCAAUGACUCCAGAUGAGUCGGCGGACGCACUUUUGGCUGGACAUAUGGAGCACGCCUCAAUCGCUCCAGGAAACCAUUUUGGCGACAAUAUUGUUCCUGGUGGCACAGAUAGGUCACACCAACAUGUUGACGACAAGCACCUCCAAAGUCAGCCCACUUCGCCUCAACAACCUCGCCAAAGUCUCCAGCAUGACUCUACCUCAACUCAUCAACCUAGUCAGACCCGUCAGCAUGACCCUGUCUCGCCCAAGGAAGCCCAGACCUCUCCUCAGCUGCCUCAUGCGCCUGAGUUCGAUGUUCCUGCCGUCAUCCCAGCUGCUCCUGCGCCAGUUGCUCCUGUGCAGGCUCCGCAUUUGGAUAUCCAGACGACCCUGGCCCCCGCCCCUCGAUCCCCGCAGGCCAUCUCACCCAAUGCCGACAAAACUGGCGCGCUUUCACCAGUUCCAGACGAUUCCGACCUUGAUUACUUGAUUCCAUAUUCGCCUGUUGACAAGGUCGCGAUUCGUGAGCUUCCUCCUGGUGGCUUGAUUCCCGGUCCAGCAGGCUAUGAACGUGCUCCAUCUCCUUCGCUUCCUCCUCGACCUCAAUUUAUUGAGGCAACACUCCCAACUGGAUCUGAUUUCUCGGUCGUGUUCAAGUCGAGCGCCCACCUGGGAAGAAUCCGCACUAUGGCUGUCUCUGCAUGUGGCCUUGUUGCUGUAUCCGGCGAAUUCUACUCGCUUACCAUCACCGACACCCACUCAGGGCGCGUCCUUCAUGUUGAGGAUCUGAAAGUGGUUAUGCUGGAUCGCGACAAGGGAGUGCAAAGCUCACAGGGAAACGAUCAGGAGCAUGAUGGCGCAGCACCUGCACCAGCUCCAACAGCGGGCGCUACAACUACUCCAGGAGCAGCACCAGAGCCGGGACCAGGACAAGGAGCAACAGACUUGCAAAGGAUUGCAGUCGAGAUUACGACCCUUCAGUUUGUUGUUUCGACCACAAGCGACCAGGACAAAGUCCCAUCCCUUCUUCUGAUCGCUGGAUCCAACAAUGGCAUCUAUUUCAUUUUCGCCAUCACUCCCCCAGUUCCAUUCCAGCCACGAACGGUUCGCAAGGUUGAGACCUUCCAGACAAAGGAGAAGCAUGCGACUGUUCACUCUUCUGUCAUCAAUGUUCUCUCGCCCUCUGAGAACGCUGCGGCCGCCAGCAAUGCCGCUCUACAGUCGACUUCGAGUAUCUCCUCGGUUUCGACAGUUGCUACUGGGUCGACUUCGAUUUCCUCGCUCAGUCAACCAUCUGCUGGUGCUCAGCACGACCUUGCGCAUCACCAUCAACAUCAACAAGUGUCGCCGCCACCAACACCAGCACAGCCUCGCAUGUCCCGCGAAGAAUUAGGUCCCAUUGCAGGACAUCAUGCUUCGCUUUCAGAGUCGAACGUGAGCACCGCCAGUUCGAAACCCUCAAUCUACUCUACUCUCAAGGAAGCCCAGGGCAAAGUCUUGACCAAGGCCCACCAGCGACUCAACUACAUGGUCUGCAUCUCCGAAUUUGGAAUCCGCCUCCACAUGAACUGCACCUCUCGUAGGAUCAACAAAAUCGACCUCACCUCACCUGCUGCCAAUAACCUGUCGGCCAAGGUUGGACGGAUCAUGGCAGCAAAUGUGGUCUACCAUGGGGGUGCUUGCUGUAUCCUGUGUAUUACCGAGUCUGGAAGACUUUUACUUUUUAGUGUUCCCAAACUCGAGUUGAUCCCACUCCCUGUGCCCAAUGGAGAGAUCUUCCUCCCGAUUGUGGUUGAGCCUGAGAGAUUGAGGGAGAGUGUGAUCUUGCAGGAUGGACGGCUCUUUGUCCCGAUCCUCAAGUAUGAGCACAGGAUGUACAGUCUUUGGGGCCAUGACCGGUGGAUCAAGACGCCGCAGGGUCUGCGACAGGAGAAGGCACCGACUACUGACAAAGUGAAGGCCGAGUACAUUCAAUUGUAUGAUCAUGGCAUUCAGAUCCCUCCCCGGCCUACCAAUACUGUGGUCGUCUCCAGAGGAUGGUUUGGGUCCAGCCAAUCUGUUGAAGAUGCCCCCAGUCAAGAAGAUCUUGACGAGCUCUUGGGUGGGGAACACUACAGAGUAGAGAAUCCGAUCCUGAAACGAGCAGGCGUCAAGGGAGCCCCCGGAACCACACCUCCACCGCCACCCAAGGGAGACAACAGUGGCCUCUCAGGAAUGAUAAAUGAGACCCUGCAGAACUUGGACGAGCGUGGCAAGAACCUUGGGAUCUUGGGCGACAAAACUGCUGAAAUGAGUGCUGCCAGUAACGAUUUCCUUGCCGCGGCGCGUGAAUUGAAUGCCAGAAACGCCAACAAGAAGUGGUACGAAUUUUAA